GGCUUGCUGAAGAAACCUCUCUCCUUCUCCCUCUCUAAAACAUCCUUCCGCUUUGGAUCUGAUAAUACUGAUUACAACUCCAUAGCCAACGAACCUCUUAAAAAAAGCCGAAGCAGAUGAAUGGAGAAAACCGGAGAUGGGAAAGUAAGGAUUCGCGGAGGUCCAGGAAGCAGAAUGUAAUUCGCAACGCGGAAGAGGAGCUGGAAUCGAAGCUUGGCUUCGAUCUCUUCUCCGAAGGCGAAAAGCGCCUUGGUUGGUUGCUCACUUUUGCACCUUCGUCGUGGGAGGACCCCGACACCCACAAAGUUUAUAGUUGCGUGGAUCUCUAUUUUGUAACUCAGGAUGGUUCUUCUUUCAAGUCGAAGUACAAGUUCUUCCCUUAUUUCUACGCAGCCACAAAAAGCAACAUGGAAAUGGAUGUGGAAGCAUAUUUGAGGCGACGCUAUGAAAGUCAAAUAGCCAAUAUUGAAAUUGUUGGAAAGGAGGACCUUGAUCUUAGGAAUCAUUUGUCUGGCCUGUGUAAAAACUACCUAAAGAUAUCGUUCGACACUGUUCAACAUUUGAUGGAUGUGAAGAGAGAUCUAUUGCAUAUUAUUGAAAGAAACCAUGCAAAAUUUGCUGCUGCAGAAGCAUAUGAAUCAGUAUUAGCCGAAAGACGGGAACAAAGGCUUCAAGAUUUUUUAGAUUUUAUUGUGGAUCUCCGUGAAUAUGACGUUCCUUACCAUGUUCGAUUUGCAAUUGACAAUGAUGUGCGCUGUGGGCAAUGGUACAACGUUAGCAUAUCUAGUACUGGUGUUUUGCUUGAGAAACGGGCUGAUCUUCUUCAACGCGCUGAAGUUCAUAUUUGUGCAUUUGAUAUAGAGACAACAAAGCUUCCUCUGAAAUUUCCAGAUGCUGAGUAUGAUAUAAUAAUGAUGAUAUCAUACAUGGUUGAUGGGCAAGGAUACUUGAUCAUUAACAGAGAGUGUGUAGGUGAAGAUAUAGAAGACCUGGAGUAUACACCAAAACCAGAAUUUGAAGGAUGCUUCAAAGUGAAAAAUGUGAAAAGUGAGUUAGAACUUCUCAUGCAGUGGUUUGCACAUAUGCGAGAGGUGAAGCCUGGUAUUUAUGUGACUUAUAAUGGUGAUUAUUUUGAUUGGCCCUUUCUUGAACGAAGAGCAGCUUAUCAUGGGUUUACAAUGAGCAAUGAGGUUGGAUUUCGAUGCGACAAGAAUCAAGGAGAAUGUCGAGCUAAAUUUGCUUGCCAUUUGGAUUGUUUUGCUUGGGUCAAACGUGAUAGCUAUCUUCCCCAGGGAAGCCAUGGCCUGAAGGCUGUUACAAAGGCAAAGUUGGGUUAUGAUCCAUUGGAGGUAAAUCCAGAGGAUAUGGUUCGGUUUGCAAAGGAAAAGCCUCAGAUGAUGGCCUCUUACUCCGUUUCUGAUGCUGUUGCCACUUAUUACUUGUAUAUGACAUAUGUUCAUCCCUUCAUUUUUUCACUUGCCACGAUAAUUCCUAUGUGUCCUGACGAGGUUUUGCGGAAAGGUAGUGGGACACUUUGUGAAAUGCUUCUUAUGGUCCAGGCAUACAGGGGAAAUAUUAUCUGCCCUAACAAACACCAAUCUGAUCCGGAAGGGUUUUACAAAAGUCACCCUCUUGAGAGUGAGACAUAUAUAGGUGGGCAUGUGGAAUGCCUUGAAAGUGGUGUUUUCAGAUCUGACCUUCCGACUAGUUUUAAGCUUGAUUCAUCGGGAUAUGAGCAACUGAUUAACAAUCUUGAUCGAGAUCUGCAAUAUGCUGUACAAGUUGAGGGUAAGAUGGAUUUAGAUUCAGUCUCCAAUUAUGAUGAAGUGAAGAAUGAAAUCAUGGAAAAGCUUGUGAUGUUACGAGAUGAACCUGUACGUGACGAGUGCCCUCUUAUUUAUCAUUUAGAUGUGGCAGCAAUGUAUCCAAAUAUUAUUUUAACAAACAGGCUUCAGCCACCAUCAAUAGUUACAGAUGAAGUCUGCACUGCAUGUGAUUUCAACCGUCCUGGCAAGACUUGUCUUCGGAAGCUUGAAUGGGUUUGGCGUGGGGAGAUAUUCAUGGCAAAGAAAAGUGACUAUUAUCAUUUGAAGAAACAAAUUGAGUCUGAGUUUGUUGAAGGCACCAAUGGUCAAUUAUGUAAAUCUUUUCUAGACCUACCAAAGAUAGAGCAACAAUCAAGGCUGAGGGAGCGGUUGAAGAAAUAUUGCCAGAAGGCAUAUAAGCGGGUACUUGACAAGCCAAUCACUGAAGUUCGAGAAGCAGGGAUAUGCAUGCGGGAAAAUCCUUUUUAUGUUGAUACUGUUCGCAGCUUUCGAGAUAGGAGAUACGAGUACAAAGGCCUUAAUAAGGUUUGGAAGGGAAAGUUGUCAGAGGCCAAAGCAAGUGGGAAUUCUAUCAAGAUCCAGGAAGCACAAGACAUGGUUGUGCUUUACGACUCCUUACAGCUUGCUCACAAGUGUAUCCUUAACUCCUUCUAUGGAUAUGUCAUGCGCAAGGGUGCUAGAUGGUACUCAAUGGAAAUGGCUGGUGUCGUCACAUACACGGGAGCAAAAAUUAUUCAGAAUGCUCGAUUGCUUGUUGAAAAGAUUGGAAAACCACUUGAAUUAGACACAGAUGGUAUUUGGUGUGCACUUCCUGGAUCUUUUCCAGAGAACUUUACUUUUAAAACAAAAGACAUGAAGAAGAAGCUGACAAUCUCUUAUCCAUGUGUUAUGCUUAAUGUUGAUGUGGCGAGAAAUAAUACAAACGACCAAUACCAGACACUCAUUGAUCCUAUCACGAAAACGUAUUCAACUCAUAGUGAAUGCUCAAUUGAAUUUGAAGUGGAUGGACCAUACAAGGCAAUGAUUCUUCCUGCUUCUAAGGAAGAGGGAAUUUUGAUUAAGAAGCGAUAUGCUGUUUUCAAUGAUGAGGGAACAUUGGCAGAACUUAAAGGUUUUGAGAUCAAGCGUAGAGGUGAGCUGAAACUCAUCAAAGUCUUCCAGGCUGAACUUUUUGACAAAUUCCCUUCAUGGGUCAACUUAGAGGAAUGCUACUCUGCUGUUGGAUGUGCAAACCGCUGGCUGGAUCUCUUGCAGAAUCAAGGAAAGGACAUUGCAGAUAGUGAGUUGCUAGACUACAUAUCAGAAUCCAGCACAAUGAGCAAGUCCUUGGCGGAGUAUGGUGAACAGAAGUCAUGUGCAGUUACAACUGCCAAACGCCUUGCUGAUUUUCUAGGUGAUACAAUGGUCAAAGAUAAAGGAUUGCGUUGUCAAUAUAUAGUUGCAUGUGAACCAAAGGGAACACCUGUUAGUGAGCGUGCAGUUCCUGUUGCAAUUUUUGAAACAGAUUCAGAAAUAAUGAAGUUUUAUUUGCGAAAAUGGUGCAAGACUUCAUCAGAUGUUGGCAUUCGUUCCAUUGUUGAUUGGUCCUACUACAAGCAACGACUUAGCUCUGCUAUUCAAAAAAUUGUCACAAUACCUGCAGCUAUGCAAAAGGUUGCAAAUCCUGUCCCAAGGGUAGUUCAUCCUGAUUGGCUGCACAAAAGAAUUCGUGAGAAAAAUGAUAGGUUUCGUCAACGGAAGUUAGUUGAUAUCUUCAGCUCAUCAAACAGGGAUGAUCCACUGGAGAGCACUCAUGACGCUAUAAUCACCAAUUAUGUGAUAAAUGAGGAGAAUGUUGAAGAUUUGGAAGACUUGCAGAAUAGAAGGGUACAAUCUUUAGAUGGACGUAAUCCAAUUGUUCGCAGCUAUGAACAACGUACAGGCAAGGCAAUGAACCGACCAAAUUCCAUGCAAUGCAAAAUGGAUUCUGUUGGUAGUUUGGAGAAGCAGUCUUCAACAUUACAGAAAGAUUUUAUGGCCUCUGAAAACAUUGACAAAAAUGUCGAUUAUCAAGGAUGGCUUGAUUUGAAGAAGAGAAAAUGGAAAGAGACACUAGAAAAGAGAAAGAGGCAAAGGUUGGGGAAUUUGAAUACAUGCAGUGCUAAUGCUACUUCUAGGCUGCUAAGGGAUAAGGUAAACUAUAAUGAUCCUCAGAGCAGGAGAGGUGUUAGUUCAUAUUUUACAAGGCCUGAAGUAAUGUUAACUCGCUGCCAUUGGCAGAUAAUUCAACUAGUUCCAAGUUCACAAAGUGGCCAAUUUUUUGCUUGGGUUGUUGUGGAAGGAAUUAUGCUUAAGAUUCCUGUAACUGUUCCAAGAAUAUUUUACCUCAAUUCAAAAGCACAUAUGAUGGAAAAUUUUCCUGGAGGACAUGUCAACAAGACUCUUCCUCAUGGAAAGCGCAGCUAUAACUUAAUAGAGGUCAUAAUUGAUGAAGAUCAAUUUAAAAGGGAAAGCAAGAAACUUUGGGCUCUCCUAGCAGAUCCUGAAAUUGAGGGAAUAUAUGAAACAAAACUGCCACUGGAUUUCAAUGCUAUUCUGCAGCUUGGCUGUGUGUGUAAAGUGGAAAAGUCAGCUAAGGAACGAAAUGCCCAGGAUGGAUGGAGUCUGAAUGAACUACACAUGAAAACUACAACGGAAUGUCCUUACCUGGAGCAGUCAAUCUCUUUCUUUUACUUGUAUCAUAGCAUCUCUGCUGGGCGGGCUGUAUAUCUUGUUUAUUUUCCUUCAUCAGAAACUCUAUUGGUUUUGGUAGUUAAUCCCUAUCAAAAUAAAGACUUGUCACCAGCAAUCCUAGAAAGACAAUUUCGUGAAGCUUGUCAGGCAUUAUCUAGCAAACCACCUCCUCAGAAUGAUAUCCUUUAUAAGGUGGACUAUGUCGGACAUGUCAAGGAUGCUGAAAAGAUUUUACAACGAGAAAUUAAUGAACACAGACAUCAAUAUAGUGGCCCUAUAAUUGCUCUCAUUGAGUGCCCAGAUGUACCUUAUAUGAAGGCAGGUAUUCAAAGUCUUAAUGAUCUCCCCUGCAUAAGCAUUCCUUUCAAUGCUCGUGAUAAUCAGUAUCAGCUUCUAUCGUGGCAACACCCAGCAGCAAAAAUCGCUGUUCAACGUUGUGCUGCAUCAUCCCAGUGGUUGAAUGAGAGAAUUUCUCUCUCAAGAUAUGCUCAUGUACCAUUGGGAAAUUUUGAGUUCGAUUGGGUAAUGUUCACAGCAGAUGUCUUCUUUUCAAGAGCGUUACGUGAUCAGCAGCAGGUACUAUGGAUAUCUGAUAAUGGUGUUCCAGACUUAGGAGGUGUUCGUGAAGAAGAUACAUGUUUUACUGAUGAGGUACCUCAACUACUGCUUACAUACCCUGGAGCAUAUAGAAAGGUUUCUGUGGAGCUAAAGAUCAAUCACUUGGCUGUGAACGCUCUUCUGAAAAGCAACCAAGUGAAUGAAAUGGAAGGGGGUGCUCUUUUAAGUUUUGAACCUGAAGUGAAUUCUGGAGCACACGGUUUGAAUGACCGUUGUGAUUUUGAUGAAGCUGCCGCAUGUGCUCCUGCAUUCCGUGUCCUGAAACAACUGAUUCAGAGGUGUCUUUCUGAUGCAGUUACAUCAGGGAAUGUAUUUGCUGAUGCAAUGUUGCAGCAUCUAUCUCGGUGGCUUUGCAGCCCCCAAUCAAAACUUCAUGACCCAGCUCUUCACCGCAUACUUCACAAGGUUAUGGAAAAAAUGUUUGCAUUGCUGUUGGCAGAAUUUCGCAAACUAGGUGCUACAAUAAUAUUUGCAGAUUUCUCAAAGAUCAUUAUAGACACAGGAAAAUUCGAUAUUUCUGCAGCUAAAGCUUACUGUGAAAGCUUGCUGAAGGCACUUCAGAGUAGGGAACUAUUUGAAUGGAUUGAAAUUGAACCAUUGCAGUUCUGGCAUUCCUUGCUUUUCAUGGAUCAGUAUAACUUCGGUGGAAUUCCUGCAAAACAUGAUGAGGCUUCACUUGACAAAGUGGAUAUUGUAUCAAGCUGGAAUAUUGCUCGCUACUUGCCUGAGAAAGUUCAGGAUCUUUUUGUUUUUAACAUUUCUAAGUUUAUAUAUGACCCAUGGAAAUUUGCACAAAAUCAAGGUGUUGUGAGAACAUCUGCACAGAAUGACAGCUUAUGCACUCCAUCAAUCACUGUUGCAGCUGCGGAGACAUUUGAACUGCAUAUGGUAGACUAUCUCAGGCAGAAGAUCAGGUCCACCUUCACAGAGACACUUCUUGAGAAUGUUCAAGAUAUUGUUUCUCAUAUGAAGGAAAUGAGUAGAUCUCAAAAUGCACAAGUUACUGGUAGUGUCUGCAAAGGAGAUUAUGCUUUAGAGUUCAUUAAGCAUGUGUGUGCAGUUCUUGCUCUUGAUCACAAUGUCCAGCAUGAUGUCCUGGUGAUGAGAAAGAAUCUAUUGAAAUAUGUACAUGUGAGGGAGUUUGCUCCAGAAGCUGAGUUUCAUGAUCCCUGUCCUUCCUUCAUUUUACGAAAUGUAGCUUGCAGUUAUUGCCACGACUGCCGAGACCUGGAUUUACAUGGUGACGCAGCUUUACUGGCUGAGGAAUGGUGCUGUGCAGUUCCUCAGUGUGGCCAUCCUUAUGACCGUGAAGUAAUGGAAAAUGCACUUCUCCAAAUUGUUCGGCAAAGAGAGCGCGUCUACCAUCUGCAAGACCUGAUAUGCCUUAGGUGUAACCAGGUGAAAGCAGCACAUUUAGCUGAACAAUGUGAAUGUGCUGGCUCAUUCAGGUGCAGGGAAAGUGCAUCUGAGUUUCACAACAAAAUGCAGAUUUUCCUAAACAUAGCCAAGCAUAAAAAAUAUGAAGUCCUCGAAGAGUGUAUCUCAUGGAUUUUGGAGAUCUAAUAGCUGUUAAUCAUGUUUGAAAGAUUCAAGUAAAACUCUAUGAUGUAGUUAGCCCCCUCAAGUGUAAAGUAAGAGAUGUGCAGGUCAUUUAAUAGGGCUGAUUAAUCGAGGAGAACUCAUUAUACAAGAUGCUCAAGUCAGAAAUAUGCCUAGGAUGGCAAAACAAUCAAAUUAAUGGAACAAUUGUUGGGAUGCAACUUGUCAAGACACUGAUUAUAGCAUUCGACUCUGCCUCGGCCAAGGAAGAAGCAGAAGCAAGAAUUCUGACUGUAAAAAUUUAUUGUCCAUAAAAUGUUGUUAAAGCUUGUAUUUAUAUAACCUUUAUGAACAACUCCAGUUGAUCAUUUAGGAGAGACAAUCUUGUAUAAUUAUAGAAUCCUAGAUUACAUCA